AUGUUUGUUCGUAAACAUUUAUUUGAGAAUAUCAAGCUGGUAGCCUUCGACAUUGACGAGAAGUAUCCUCAGGUAAAAGCCGAGGAGCUCGAUCAGUAUCUAGUCACUCAGAAGAAUAUGGAAUUCAUCCGGAAUCACCCAGAAGUCAAGAUAACGGUGGGCGAAAUACGGAGAGUGUUUUACCAGGACAUUGGAAAGAAAUAUAACUGUCCGGAAUCAUUCGCUGAUGAUCUGUAUGAUACCUGGCAAAAGAAGCGGAAUGAGUACAAAGUUUAUCCAUGUGUCGAGCCUCUUUUCAGGCAAGUGAAGCAGCAUGGCUGUCUGCUAGUGGUCAUCACGGACGGCACUGCUGAUUUUACCAAUAUUCCGUACCUGAACCAGUACGUAGAUCUGUUUGUCAGUCCCCAGACAUGCAACGUGACCAAAGUCAACGGAGAGGCGUAUUCUGCGGUAAUGAAGGCCUAUCCGUCAAUUCCUGCCUCCUCCUGUGUGAUGAUCGGAGAUAAUCCGAUUAGUGAUAUUCUGAGAGCGCGAGAGAAGGGAUGGAAAACCAUCUACAUUGCGCCUUCUUCCGAUGAGUCCGCUGCGGACUGGACGGUUCCCUCUGUGAGCGAACUAUUAUCGAAUUCAUUUGUUUGA